AUGAAGAUGGCUUUGAAAGGGUCAGGGAUGGCCACGCUUAAAUUCACAAGCAUCAUAAUUUGUACUGUUUUACUCGGGCAAGGAGCACUUGAGAGGACAGGAAGUGUUAAAGAAGACCAGAGAUAUGCCAUUCUGAAGGAGAUCAUUUCAAAAUGGAGUAAAGGAAGUGGUGGGAAUUCGCAGAGAGCUCCCACUGAGACAAACAAGGACCAGUCUGUGCCCACUUGGGUGAGGAAUAUCAUGGGGAGUUUAAAAACACUCGGUCUACUUCCCAGCAAGAAUGUGCCUUCCUUAAACAAGCCAAUCGACAGACAUCGUCUCUCUGGCUUCCUCUACAACAUCUCUCUGUACCUUCAGGAGAUGGGUGCAGAGUUGGAGGAGGAGCCGGCGGAGCCAGAUGAAGAGCAGCUUUGGGAGAAGGUGCUGCAUUAUUUUCUGCAGUCUGAAGGAAGUGCUGCACUGAACCAGUGGAACGGCCGGGUGCCACCCCGGCCCAGCAUCAGAGUGCAGGACUGGUUUUUGUCCCUAAGAGGUAGCCCACACUGGGACUGGCUCCUAGGCCUGCUGCAGAGCCUCAUCACUUUAUCACAGCGUCAGCCUCACAGGUCCUUCUUGACUUUCAUAUCUCAGAACUGGAGAACAGUGAGUGCUGUGCUGGAGGCCGCUUUUCAGGCUCUUAUCAGCGGGACCUACGGCCAGGCCAGUGCAGGCCUGCAGAGCUUCAUCUGUGCUCUGAAGGGUCGCACUGACUGUGCCUUUAGUGUCAGUUGGCUUCAGCAGCUGCUGCAGUUCUUAGAAACACGCAACUGGAAGCCUGUGGUUAGUUUACACCCAGCAGGGGAAGCUGCUGAACACAGUAAGGGCUCAAAUGCAUUUGGACGUUUAAAGCCCUUCAGCUUGCCCCCUGAGGCCAUGAGGCAGGAUGGGAUGUCUGGAAAUGCAUCCAUGGAUAUGAUAGUUACCGAGGAUGAGGCAGACUCCAUGCAAAGCUUACUGCUUCAGGCUUUAUCACGUUCAGGAGGAGGGGAGCGAGGAGGCAAUUUGGCACAGAAGAAUUUAGCUCUUGUGCAAAGUUUGGAUGGGCUGAGGAGGGGCCUCCUGCACAGGGUGGGGAGUUCUGUCUAUGGGAACCUGAGGGAGAAAGUAUCAAGAGUUACAAUGGCGCUGCUUGAUGAUGUCAGCACCCUGGUGGAUGUGCCACAGCCCAAAACCCGGGGUCGGUGCUCCGCUGGUGACCUACGGCAGCUCAUCUUAUGGGGAGUAAGACAUAACCUGAUGUGGAACACUCAGGCUUUGGGUGUGAGCUCCCAAGGCCUCCCAAGCUCACUCCCAUUCCUGUCCUGCCCCUCCGCUGAAGGAGAUGAGCUAAGAUCACCAAUAUCACCAGCUCGGUCGUCCCCAAAAUCGGCUCCCUCUUCACAAAGAGUCUCCAACAAAAAGCGCCUCAUCGAACCAUCUAAUGCACCUCACAGCCAGUCACAAACAGAGCUUACAGAGAGCGCCAGUCAGCAGAAAGAGAUGGAGUACUCUGCCUCUUCAGAAAUAUUGGAGGCAGCAUGUAAUGAAUCAAUCCCAGGCCUGACUGGCGUCUCUAACUUCACUGUAUUCCUCUAUUGUAAACUGUUUGAAGGGGAGAAUGGGUCAGUUAAUCCUGAGCUGGAUCAGAUGGAGCUCGACCUGCAUGCUACAUGCUCUGAUGCAGCUUGGUACCUGUCGGCUGCAGAGGAGGACUUCCUUUGGCUCCAUGUCUGCAGUGAGUUCUUUGCCCAUGAGUUUAACAAUACGGUGUGUGCCAACACUUCUUUCUGGCUGCAGAGAGCACAUCAGGCUGCAGUGACAAAAGACUAUAAUUUUUUUAACCAGACAAGCAUAGAUGAGCUGUGUGUGCAACUUUCAGAUGAGGCAAUGUGGAAUACAGGACUCAGUGAGAACUGCCUGGCUCAGUUGGGCAGCAGGUCACUCAGCGCUCAGGCUUUCAGACACUGCUUUCUUCCCAACAACUCAUUCCUGAUCUCAUCUCUAUGUGGUACUGACUCCCACCAGUCCUUGCCCGAGGGUAGCUGGGCUGCAGGGUACUGCUCUAAGAUACACAACGUCUCCCAUAGUGACACCGUUGUGAAGACUUGUCAGUACAGAGAGUGGACUGUGCAGCAUUUCACCAACUUCACCCUCCUGGAGCUCUGUGGGCAGACACGUGGACUGAGAGAGUACAUCUGUCUAAAUGUCACACUCUACUAUCAGCUGUUAAGAACAAAUCCUCAGUUUGCUGAUGUCUGUGCUGAUCUACUAGCUGAACAGGAAGACAGGAAGUGCUUCCUGCAGAGGUUUUUUGACAUGCUCCCAGCACCUUAUGACUUUGACACAUCGCAGUUGUGUGUGGACCCGGCGCCCCUGCUCAUAGACAUCCUACACAAGCUGAGUGUAUGUGAGGUUGAGAUAGGAGAGCGUGAGGGGUUUUUAGUAGCUUUGGGAUAUGUGUUGCGAGUCUUAGAUUUCAUGGUGGGCCUCUCCUCGGGGCUGGAUGAGGGGGAAAGAGAGGCAAGACAGGGUCUGGGUCAGGCUAUUCUCCUGUCCAGUCUCAUUGACAGCACAUCCUGGGCCACGCUGCAGCCCGAAGCCUCCAUGAGCAUCCUCCACACUGUGGGAGUGUUCCUGCGCAGAGAGCAGAAUGCCACUCUAAAGGAGGACCUGCUGAGCUGCUUCAGUCCCAUCCUGUGGGACCUCAUCCAGCGUGAUGACAACUCAUCUGCUCUCAAGGUUCUGCUUCAGGAAUACUUCCAGAUGCCGGGAGACAGCAUUCGUACUUUAGUGAUGUCUGCUGAGAAGGAUGCAGUUAAGAGAUUUCUCUCCCACAUGCAUCGAAGGUGGGAUCAGCUUCAAGUUGAAACCAGCCAGGCCUCUCAAAAAGAGUUGCAGGCCAUGGAAACAAUGACAGCUGCUUUCAUCCAUAAGUUCCCCCGAGUGACCCCAGACCUGUUUGUGGACCUUUCUCAGUUUAUCCCCUUUAUGUCUGUCUCUGACAUAAUGAGCUUCCCAGCCUCACUUAUCGUCAAUGACAGCGUAUUGACAGCCAUUCGGGACCACAGCUCGGAGAUGAAGUCCCCACAGAAAAAGGCCUUCGUAAAAAGACUCCUGCAGUCAAGCGUGGUGGGUGAUGUCCCUACAUGGCCACCAUACUUUCUCAGCUCCAUCCUCCCACUUCUGCCUUACCUCCCAGUCAGUCAUUUCCAGCAACUGACAUCACCACAGCUCGCUCCUCUGGUGGAGUUGCUUGGCAAUGGCAGUCUGGAUGGUGUCAGAGGGCGCCAUGUGCUCCGAACCCUCUCCAGGAAGAUGAAUCUGACAGGUGACAACAUACUGAGAUUAGGAGUUCUUGCGUGCUACCUGGAUCCAUCUGACUUGGGUUCAUAUCUUCAGAACUCUGCUGUGUCCUCUGCUCUCUGGCAGCAGCUGUCUCAGUGCAUAUCCAAGGGAUUCGUCAGUGCCAGUGGCAGGCUGUCCUCUUGGUUGAUACCAGCAGUUCAGAACCUGAAUGUCAGCAGCAUGGCUCCUCCAGAGCUGUCAGCUCUCAGCGGUCUGCUUCCCCAGUUGGGAGCUUCUUUUCUGCUGUCACUCCCCUCAGAACAACUCCUGGAAGUCCUGUCAAAGCCAGGAUUACACACAUACUCCCCAGGACAGGCAUUUAAAAUGUUAUCCAAGAUUUCAAAGGACACCAAUCUCACCAUGGAGAUGCUAUGUAGACUGAAGCCGUUACACUCUGGUCUCUUCCCUGCUGUGCUCAGAGACCUCCAGUGGUCUGAGAUCAGUGAAGGUGCCCACUGCCAGUGCUGGAGAACAUUGCUAACUGAGCUAAAGCCUGGCUAUCGAGCCAUGCUAUACAAUGCAAUGCAGGAGGCUCUACACAGAGGCACGAAGAACACCACUCUGCAGGUAAAGUGCCUUUUACCAUUUGUCCCUCUGAGGGAGCUGAUGCAGACCAUGAAUGGCAAAAUUAUUUCAAGAGGCAUCAGCGUAUACAAAGACAUACAGUGGUCGCCACAGCAGGCUCAGUUUCUGUUCAAUAUGAUCCAUGAAUUUCUGAACAUUACCAGCAAGUCUGUGAGAGGUCUGGGUCAUAUCGCUGGUGGAAUGAGUUGUGACUUUCUGAGGCUCUGGACCAAUGAUACAGAUUUUGUAGAGCUGCUUCAGUUUGUUAGUGAGCUGCCUGGGGGCAUAAGACCUGCUCUGCGAUCAUGUAUCAUCGAGGAACUGAGAAAACAACCUGAACUCGACCUCAAUGCUUUGAGUUCUGGGUUUGCUUCAUCAUUACCAGUGACCAUGAUAGAGAGCCUCUCUAAUGCAUCCUUCAGAGACAUUUUGGACUACAUUCAAACACACUUUGCUGAUUUUCUCAGACUGCCACAUUAUAAACAGACAAAUUUAGCUGAGAAGGCUUUAACUGAGCUGGGCUCUUCUCUGGCUCAGGGGCAGAUUGAUGGGACCAUACUGGAUGUCCUCGGGCCUUUGCUGCUUUUCUUGGACCGGGACAGUUUGUCUAUGGUGGAUAGAAGAGCGGUGGUUCUGCGGCUGGAGGAGAUGAGAAAUUUCUGCCUCCCUAAAGAGGCUCUGAGGGAUAUCGGUACCCUGCUCACCCAGAAAGACCUGUUUGGGGAGCCAUCCAAGUGGCAAAUUGGAGAUGUAGAACAUUUGGGCCGACUCGUGUUUGCUCUCUCUGCGAAGCAGAUUAACUCCAUUCCACUGUCACUGCUGAAUAAAGAUACAGUGGAGCAGGUCCUGGUGGGUCAAAGGCGCUGGGAAGACAGCGCUAUUGGUGCAGUGUGCAUUACUCAGUGUAUUGACCAGCAUCGCCAGAGACAGCAGACUCAGAGCCUCCUUCGAGGGAUUGUCAAAGCACGGAGCCGCAGGGCAAAAGUGCCUGUUCCAAGCUGUGCAGACAUUAGAGGGACGUUCCCUUCGGCUUGGACAUCCACUCAGCUCAGCCGAAUGUCGCAGGAGGAGCUGAAACAGUGCAUAGACGUUUUUGGUCAGGAUUCUUCGCUGAGCUCCGAGCAGCGCCGGUCACUGUGGGUGAAACUCAGACAGUUGUUGAGUCCAGUGAGAGAGCUGAGUGAAGAUCAGGUGCUGGAGCUGGGCUCAGUGGUGACUGCAAUGGGAGAGAAGGACCUGCAGGAUGCUGCUCUCACUGAUCUGGGUGUGUUGGCACAUCUGGGCACACUGACAGACUGGAGCCCUAAAAAGAUGAGAGCAGUGAUUUUGAGUGUGCUGCGGAGACGCAAACUGAAAGUGGAGCAGUUAACAGUUGUUGAUCUGGCAGCGUUUGGCCAUCUGAUCUGUGGUCUGCAUCCCUCUGAGAUCAAAAGAAUGAGUCCCUACAACCUCAGUAUGGCUGUUGUGUUCCUGCGGGAGACAUCCCUGCCAUGCACAGAGCAGCAGAUGGAGGCAUUGACAAGCUGUUUGUCCAGACCACAGGCCUUUGGUUCAGCUGGUACUUGGGGACCUGAAGUUUUCACUGAAAUUGGGACAUUGGCAGCGGGCCUGCCAGACAUGGUGCUGUCAGCUCUGCUACAAGAACAAGUGCAGGGAAUCACCCCUGAAGCUAUCGCCCUGAUGACACCAAAAAAGAUGGCAGUGGUGUUUAGUGCAGUUCAGUUGUCGUGGCUGAGUGUGGAGCAGGCGUGGGCUGUCACUGAGGAACAGUGGGCAGAGUUGGACAAGGAACAGAGACAUGCUGUUGGAUUAGCUCGAUAUGAAGGAGAUGUUCUGCUGGAGCUGAGAGGGAGAAACUUGGCUCCAGCAGCCCUGAACAAAGGCAGUCUUACUUUAUACCUACUGGUUUUGUACCUCUUGUUUUGGCAACUCAUUUAAAAGACUGGAAAAACAUUUAAUUGCCCCUCUGACCUGGUAUCAUCAUAUUUGUAUUAAAAUAAAUAAUUUGAACUGUUCCAUUU